AUGGCGGCUUACCUGAUCUGCAGUGCUAAGCCUGAUACAGAGCCCUGGAUGGGGUUUUCUAUCAGGUUUCUUCUCGGUCGAAGCAAUGACGAUGACGGCUCUGGCAUAUGCUACCGAGCAAACCGGACAUAUGGAACCCCAACUGUUUUGCGACAAUACCGGCUUUUUGUCAAGCUCCCUCGUGGGCGUUUCACCUACACGGCCGAGGCCAUCCCCAAAGGCCACACCCUCCAUGGGCGAGUCUGGGAGAAGAACAUCGAAUUUACGCUGCUCAAAGUGUCACUCGAGAAAGGUGCCCACGCAAAGAUUGAUGGCUACUGUAUGCCGUUCGCAAACCCCGACAGUGUCGCAGACACGUGGUUCAACGACAAUGCGCCCAUCGCCGGCUCAAAGCCUCUGCGAGAACUUCUCGAGCAAAGGGAAUUUACUAUUCUUGUCUGCGCAACCCACAAAGAGAUAAUCUCAAAGUGGCAUGAGAACACUCUUCCACACUCUUUCAGCUAUCCUUACGGGAGACAGUAUGCUUGGAACAUGCAUCGAUAUCAAGCUAUGAUUCCAUGGGCACAAGGCUACCAGUUCGAGCCAGCAUGGCCAUUUCACGAUGACAACUCACACUUGGCCGCUCUCACUCAAUCAAAAGUCCAGGGCGCUGUGUAG